GCGACCUCGCUGUGACAACAACAACAACCACGACACCGGAGCUGCAGCAGGACGCGCACCUGAGAUCCACACCUGGCCCAGAACCCGCUCCAUUAGCUGCUGCCAUUCCGACCGGAGCUGUAUAUGUCGAUGCCGAGCCCAUGAACCUGGCCAGUCAGAGCGGGGAUGCCGGCGGAAGCCAGCUCCUCUUCGCCAACUUUAACCAGGACAACACGUCCUUGGCUGUUGGCACCAAAUCAGGAUACAAGUUUUUCUCCCUGUCCUCUGUGGACAAAUUGGAGCAGAUAUAUGAAUGUACUGACACGGAGGAUGUGUGUAUAGUGGAGCGUCUGUUCUCCAGCAGCCUUGUGGCCAUCGUGAGCCUGAAGGCCCCUAGGAAGCUCAAAGUCUGUCACUUCAAGAAGGGAACUGAAAUCUGCAACUACUCAUAUUCAAACACCAUAUUGGCUGUCAAACUCAACAGACAGAGGCUGAUAGUAUGUCUGGAGGAAUCGCUUUACAUUCACAACAUCAGAGACAUGAAAGUGCUACACACUAUCAGAGAGACUCCUCCCAACCCUUCAGGAUUGUGUGCCCUCUCCAUCAGCAAUGAUAAUUGUUACCUGGCAUAUCCAGGCAGUGCAACGAUAGGAGAAGUCCAGGUGUUUGACACAGUCAACCUGCGGGCAGCAAAUAUGAUUCCAGCCCAUGACAGCCCAUUAGCGGCUCUGGCUUUCGACGCAAGUGGCACCAAACUGGCCACAGCCUCAGAGAAGGGCACAGUGAUCCGUGUCUUCUCCAUCCCAGAGGGACAGAAGCUCUUUGAGUUUCGGCGAGGAGUCAAGAGGUGUGUGAACAUUUGCUCGUUGGCGUUCAGUAUGGAAGGCUUGUACCUUUCUGCCUCCAGCAACACAGAGACGGUCCACAUUUUCAAACUAGAGACACAGAAGGAUAAGUAUGUGCCAGCCGAAGAGCCCACCACAUGGGGCGGCUACCUGGGGAAGGUCCUGAUGGCGUCCACCACCUACCUGCCUUCCCAGGUCACAGAAAUGUUCACCCAGGGCAGAGCCUUCGCCACUGUACGUCUGCCUUUCUGCGGACAUAAGAACAUCUGCGCCUUAGCUGUGAUUCAGAAGAUUCCCAGGUUGUUGGUUGCAGCAGCCGAUGGUUACUUGUAUCUUUACAACUUGGAUCCACAAGAGGGAGGAGAAUGUACACUCAUGAAGCAGCACAGGUUAGACAGCAGCACUGAACCUCCCAAUGAAAUCCUUGAGCAGGGGACACAUGAUCGCCCCCUUGUGGCCCAAACAUAUAGUGCUGCUGUCAGUAAAGGUUACUGCGAAGAACAGGGAGCCGUGGGCGGGGCGGGGCUUGACGAGGACCUCAGCGACCUGCGCCUGGACGAGGAGAACGAGCAGCCGCCGCUCAUCCUUGAAACUGACUGACUCCAUGGACGGCUGUACCCACCAAUCAGAGGGCUCCUCCGCUGCUAGAAAUAUAUGACACACGGGAGGUGUGUGUGGGGGGGGCAGGGACAGGAUCAAAGAUGGGGGAGGGGGUGGGUCUGCAAGAACCUGCCUGUCGGUCUAUUUGUGCGUUUUCCUGUCCGCAUACGCGUCUGUCUUUCCCCGCCCUCCUCCCUCUUCCCCUCCGUUUUGCCUGUGCUGGCCAAAACUGAAGCUUUGCAUGUACAUGUGCCAAUCGCUUAAAACCAUGUUCCAGUGUGAAAAUGAGUCCCUUCGAGUGUGAGUGUGUUUCAAAACGACAAAAAAAACAACCAUGUAGCCAUGUGUCUUUUUAGGACACGGACACUGAUGCAAGCACUGUGUAAACUGCAAGUGAUUGUGCAAGUGCCUCUCUGCCCCAGUGGCGUGGUUUCUCCUCGCGAAGAGGUCGGAAAAAGUCUUUGGGAAGUAAAAUCUGUUGUCAGCUGUUGGGUCUCCAUCAGGCACGUGCACAUACUCAGCCCUUUCCUGCGUCGCACACAGACUCACACUGACCGGGAAAGAGAGCGGCAUCAGUCAAGUUUGUGCAGAAAAGACUUUUGAGGCAGAGGCGUCAGAAUAAGUGUGUGUUUGUGUGCUUGUGCUCAUACUUAAAUUGUGUGCGUGUGUGUGUGUGCUGGGCAUGUACAUUAGCAAAACAUCUAGUAUUUAGGCUCCACCUGCCCCCCACUCACUUUUACCUCAUCUAAUCAGAGGCUCAGUGGACCUUCCCACCCGCUCCACCCUCCCCCUCCUCAGGCCUGCAGUCAUUGGUUGAUUUUUAACCUCUGAUAUUAAUGAUCAUUUUUAAAAUCUUCAUGACUAAAUAUAACCAAUGAUGUGUCAUGCGUUUGAAAACAUGCAUGGUGUUGUUGACGUGGUACUGUGCCCAUACAUCUAAAACAUCUAAAACGCGCGGCUGGAUGUUGCCGAGCUGAGGACGGCCGUUACAAACGUCUCCUCGCUCCCCCUCCUACUGUAUUUCUACUCUGUACAAUACUAGAUGUGGCGAGACGUAGCCGGGCCCAGUUCUUAGGUUGUGGGAUUUGGACCACGGAGCGAACAGCGGCUUGUAAUUUGAUGGAUGUGGAGGUCAGGCUGAGCCCCGUCAACCGGUCCAGGACGCUGCAUGAUCUGCUAUUAAUCCUUCGGCGUCUGAGGCCCAUGAAAAGGAUUAGCCGUGGGAUUUUGAAGCGUCAGGAAUUUUCUAAUGAUUUUGUACAAAAUGUGAAACAGUCAUCUGAAACUAAAAUGAAAAUAAAUUCUGUAUG